GAACCAGCAAGAGAAUGCCUUCGAAUUACAGGAAAAAGAAACAUAAGAAACCAAACCAACCAACAGACGCUCACAAAGAGGGUGGUUUUGUAAGCACGCAAGAAAGCGUUACACCGAGUAAUAAACAACCGACCAUCAAGCUGCCUUAUUUGGUUAAGCGCUCCGAACAGGUUGGAAGGUACAUCGUGGCAGCGCGAGAUAUCAAAGCCGGAGAUGCCAUCAUAGAGACGGAUCCACUCGUCGUUGGUCCUUGUGCGGAAAGCGAACCGGUCUGUGUGGCUUGUCACAGUACGUUCGACCCGGGAAGUGCAAUUCACAGAUGUGAGACCUGUCGUUGGCGGAUAUGUUCACCGAAUUGUUACGGGCUCAGUCCGGGGGGCGCUCAUCAACAGCUCGAAUGCAUUCCACUGAGAGAUAAGGCUGUCGACAAGCUACUGCAGAAUGCGAGCGCGCCCCAAGUGAAGCUAAUGUACGAAGCCAUACUUAGCCUGCGGUGUAUGCUGCUCAAAACCGUCGACCCGGAGCGAUAUAACCGGCUGCUGGAUAUGGAUCCACUCAACGCCGUCCGGCAGCAGAUUCCGAAACUUUGGAACCGCAACCAAAACGAGAUCGUACGUCGGAUCCGAGAUGAGUGGGGCUUCCAGGAGUACUCCGAGCAGGAGCUGCACACCAUCUGCGGGAUCAUCGAGGUCAAUGCGUUCGAGGUCGGACAGGAGCCUGUGAAAGCACGUGCUCUCUUCCCGGAAGCGUACCUUCUUAUGCACGACUGCACACCAAACACCGGCCACACCGACGACCUGCGAACACAUCGGCUCACCGUACGAGCACUCCAGGAUGUGAAAGCUGGCGAAACGCUUACACUCACCUAUGCGUACAUCUUACAGGGUACGAUCAAGCGGCGGCAGCAUUUGCAUGCGGAAAAGUUCUUCUGGUGCAACUGCCGUCGUUGCACGGAUCCUACCGAGCUCGGCACCAACUGCAGCGCAUUGCGGUGUACCAAGUGCCAGCGAGGACACAUCCUGCCUACGAAUCCGCUCGAUCAGGAAGCCGACUGGCGGUGUCAACAGUGCUCCGAAGGAAUGUCCUGCGAAGCGAUUGUGCUGUUGCUUGAAAAGCUCUCCCAGGAGCUCGAGCGAAUCGAUGGCAACGAUGUUGCCGGUUUGGAGGCUUUUGUACGCUCACAAAGCACCGUGCUGCACGACAACCAUUACCUGUUGCUGGCGGCGAAGCAUUCACUUUGCGAGCUGUACGGCAAGAUCGAGGGCUAUCUUAUACCGCAGCUUAGUGUCGAGCAGCUGAAACGCAAGGAAACGCUCUGCCGUGAUCUGCUCGAGGUGGUGGAUCAGCUGGAACCUGGGCUGAGCAGGCUGCGGGGCACGAUCAUGUACGAAAUACACGUGCCAUUGCUGAUCGAAUCCGGGCAGCUCUUCCAGCGGGGUGUUAUUCAGCGGGCGGAGCUACGUCGCAGGCUGAAGGAGGUUCAGCGAUUCUUGCGAGAAAGUGAACGAAUCUUGGCGUUGGAACCGGAAGGAUCACCAGAGUAUGGGAUUGCGUUAGCGGCUCGGGAGGCAUUGAAAAAUAUGGGACCUAUUUAAGGACCACCGGUCAGGGGUAGUAGCAAAAUGAUCAAUAAACAGAUGAACAAAUUUAUGGC